AUGUCCCAGCGCUUCGUGGUGACCCCCGCGGGGGGCGGAGUGGAGAGUCCCGACCCCGCGGCUGCCCCGGACCCGCCGCGGGUGGACGCGAUGCCAAUCCUGCACUACGGACGGGAGCCCAGCCGCUACGGUAGGCGCGGCCCGACGGGGACUCCCCCGGGGGCGCGCGGACGCGAGUGGCGGGAGGGGGGCCAGCGGAUUAGGGGGGAGAGCUGCCCGGGGGCUGGGCUUGGGGAUGACCAAGUGGGGUCCCGCGGUCAGCGCAGGGUGAACCGGUGCGGUGCGUCCAGAGCCCAGAGCGUUCCUUCUCCCGGGAGACUUGGCCAGCAGCCGAUCCCUGCCGGCGGUCUGCCCGCCUCUGGGCCUGGAGGGAGAUGCGACGGCAGCGGCUUUGUCCUUGGGAACUGGCGGUGA